UGAGUAGCUCCUCAGCCAAUGAGCAAACAGUGCCGGGAAAUACAGCAGUGGAACUGCACCGACUCUGAUGCUUGUGCUGAUUUCAGUGUGCGAGUACAAUGUUAAUCUGUGUGAGUGCGUCCACUCCUGUCUGCCUGAUCUGAGUGCACCUCAGCAGCACCUUGAGCCCAGAAAAGUCUUGUUUAGGCAGCACAUCUCUCUUCAAGGGACACUGCGCCUAGUCUUUGACAAUGAAGUUCAACUUGUUCAGAGGGUCACAGGCCGGGGCGGCCGCCGAGCCCACUGGUGCCACCACCGUGACCAACACGCCCACCCCAGCUGCCAUCUCUACCACUGCCAUGGACACCUCUGGCUCCAACAACACAGAGAUCACCAGGAACGCGUUUGAAGAAAUCAAGAGCAAAUUCUUGAAUGAAAUUGAUAAAAUCCCAUUGCCUCCAUGGGCUUUGAUUGCCAUUGCUGUGGUGGCCGCCUUGCUCAUCCUCACCUGCUGCUUUUGCAUAAUCAAAAAAUGUUGCUGCAAGAAGAAAAAGAACAAGAAAGGGAAGAAGGGCAAGGAUGGCUUCAACAUGAAGAACAUGCAGGGUGGUGAGAAACCCCAGGAUGAUGAUGAUGACGAGGGAGAAACUGGACUGACAGAGGAGGAGAAGGAGGAAGAGGAGAAAGAACAAGAAAAACUGGGGAAGCUGCAAUACUCUAUAGAUUAUGACUUUGAAAAUACAAAGCUUACGGUUGGCAUCCUUCAAGCUGCCGACCUCAUGUCCAUGGACUCAGGUGGAACCUCUGAUCCUUACGUUAGAGUCCUGCUCUUCCCUGACAAGAAGAAGAAGUUUGAUACCAAAGUGCACAAGAAAACACUGAACCCUGUCUUCAAUGAGACUUUUGUCUUCAAGGUGCCCUAUGAGGAGCUCGGUGGGAAGACCCUGGUGAUGUCUGUUUAUGACUAUGACCGAUUUUCCAAGCACGACGUCAUUGGAGAGGUGAAGCUUCCCAUGAACACCAUUGACCUUGGACGGCCAAUCGAGGAGUGGCGGGAUCUGGAGAGUGCUGAUCAAGAGGAGCCCGAGAAACUCGGAGACAUCUGCAUCUCCCUUCGUUAUGUCCCCACCGCCGGGAAACUCACCGUCUGCAUCCUGGAGGCGAAGAACCUGAAAAAGAUGGACGCCUGUGGAUUAUCUGAUCCCUAUGUAAAGAUCCAGCUGCUGCAGGGGGGGAAGCGUCUGAAGAAAAAGAAGACGACAGUGAAGAAGAACACUUUGAACCCAUAUUAUAAUGAAUCCUUCAGUUUUGAAAUCCCCCUAGAACAGAUGCAGAAAAUCUUGGUGGCAGUCACAGUGUUUGAUUAUGACAAGAUUGGUAAGAAUGACGCCAUUGGAAAAAUCUUUGUGGGCAGCAAGGCAACUGGCUUAGGUCUGAAGCACUGGUCUGACAUGUUGGCUAAUCCACGCCGCCCCAUUGCCCAGUGGCAUCCAUUGCAGCCUGAGGAGGAUAUUGAUGGUCAGCUGGCAUCCUUGGCUGCAAAGAAGUAACAUGCUUCACCAACCAGCUAAUGCGUUAACUCAGAAAUCAACCCCAACCCCUACUUUGCAUGAAACCCAUGACUUAAUACAUGACAACUCGUCAUGAAACCUGCUCAGCAAAAAAAGAGACAUCCUAAAAUAUCUGCUCAUUCAUGGUUAAUUCAUAAAAACUCUUUAUAAGCAUCACAUUUCACUCAUUAGUGUAUACUGAGAGGAGUGGCAUUGACUUAUUGGGUGACUGAUUCAUAAAUGAUUGACUUCUUUUAUUUGAAGAAACUUAGAAACUGAUUCUUAGGGUGCUGAUACUGAAUGGAAGUCUUGGGAAAGACCAUGCUGGAAAUAAUCUUUUGUUUAUAGAGCAUGCUUUAUUUACCUCCCCCACUAAUCUGCAUACACCACAUUCUGUAUUGUAUCUCGCUAAUAAGUGUGCUAUAACUUAACAAUAGAGAGUACUGUAGUAUUGACUUAUUUUCUGCAGAGUUAUUAAUGCAAACUGAUUUAAUAGAGAAAGAAUAAAGUCAAAGUCACCAAAUAAAGCAAUUCAUGUUGCAAGAGCAUAUAAGACAAAUCUAUCUUCAUUUUAUUAUCUCAUAUUUGAGAAGGAGAUACAUACAGUACAGUAAUACACAGUAUGGCAGGGAUAACACUGUUCUUUGUUGCUUAUUUUGUGUUGCCACAAAGGAACCAUCUAUGCAUUUAGGUGCAAUAAACAUUUCUGUGCCAUGGGACAGAUCUACUGUAGGACAUGAAUACGAGGGUGCCUUUCCUGAUGUGACACAGCAGUAGGAAGUACAUUAGCUUCACUGUUUAAUUAAGAAAGAAUUUUUUUUUACAUAGUGAAGGUCAUUCAAAAGUAGCAAUGGACACUGAAUGUGCCAUCUGAAGUCUGUCUUGAGCUGUGUUGACCAUUUGGAUGUGAAACCUUACUUGUCCAUGGACAAAGUAAGGAUUUUAGAAGGCUUACCAAUGACAGUUUUAACUGUGGUUCUCUUGAUUUAUGCUGUUGCUUCCUAAAACAGUGCCAUCUAUCUUAUUUUAUUUUGAAAUCCAUUAAACAGAUUAUAUGCCUUUCUUUAACUCAUGCUGUAGUUUACCCUACAUAUUGUAGUCCGCUUCAAUAGUUUCUGAAGAAACAACAUGAGAUUUCUGUCAAAGACAAGAUGUUUUUAUAGAGAAUUGAACCUGAAAUGUAAGAUGCAGCUUCACUUGUUAAGAGAAGGCGAAUUCAUGUGCAAAAUGCAGGUUUAAAAAAAAAUCUCAACAUGGCAAGUGUUACAUCAAACAAAACCUCUAAUACAACAUGCAGUACAUAUCCAGAGCCGUUUGCUUUAUCCAAAUAGAGCUGCAGAAUCGAGCAUGUAUCAUGCCUUGCAGUAUUUUCAUGUUCUUUGGACCUCUCAUACAUCAGACACAAGCUUUGCAAACCUGGAGCCAAAGUGCUGCAACAUGAUGUGAUUGUGGUAUAACUUCACAGACAUACCUGCUAGUGUGCAGAGGAGUGCAAGUAAAACAGCCACAAGAAUUUGAGUCUUUUGAGCAGCUAAACACCUAAUGACAAAGUUAAAAAUGGCUUUUUACUGUUGAAUUUAUAGGAUUAAUACAAUUUACUUGGAAAACCAUUUGUCUGAAUUCAUGUGGUUGGAAAAUGUCUCUUUAGAAUCUCCAGCUUUCAGAUUCUAAGUGUUUUGUUUUAGGAUUCACACAUUCAAACAGAAAAGCCAAUGUUUUUAGAUUAAUGUGGACACUUCUGGAUCUAAAAAUCUGAGUUACAGUAAGUUCCAAAAUCCAAGAUGAAAACAGGAACAUCCAGGCUACUAAUGAUAACCAAUCCAGUCUGUCCUCCCAGCCAGGGGCCUUCGUGUCCCAGGGACUCUCCAUAACUAAGAAAAUAUAUGAAGAAAGUAAUUAUGGUUUAAUAAAACUCCAAACAGACAAUCCCCAUAUUAGGGUCUUGGGGUAAAAUAAACCAUAAAUAGAUGCUCAAAUUGGUGUGAUGCCAGUUUUUAGUAUAUUUAUUGUCACAGUAACCAACAGACUAUUGGAUAAGGUUGACUGAACGCACAGGACACCCUAAUAAAUCUUAGCUGCUGUCACUCCAAGUGGUCAUUGUAAGAUCUACUGAAAAACAGGUACCAGUGUCAGCAUAUAUUAUAGGAAAAAUAAUUAAGAGUGUAAAAUCAAUAGUGUUCAAUAAUAUCUGGUUCAAAAUAAAUGUAAAAAUGCAUUAGGAAGAUGAUAUUGGAUGUCAAUGAAGGAAUAACUGAACUGGGGGUAAAUCUGACAAAGGAAAGUGAGAACUGUUGUUCUAUAGAUAAUGUUUUAUCAGUCACAUCAUCAAUGAAAGAGCCUUUAAAAUGAAUGAGUUUGUUCCCAGCAUACUUUAGUUUUUCUCCCUGAAUUUGUGUAAAUCAAGCGGGAAAAAAAACACUGCAAAACUUGAAACUACCUGGAAAUUUCAAAAAGAAAGGAGAUGAAUUCACAAGAAAUGUUUUCAACGUAAAAUGUUUCAAUUCUGAAAUUACAGUGGUAUUUAUAUGUCAACAUGAAGUAUUUGUGGUGGUUAUACUUCAGAAUUAGCUGCAUAGUUGCUUAUAAAAUUUAAAUUCUUACAGUCUUUCUUGGCCCCUGUGUUGUCACCAGAAAGAAAAAUGACUAGCGCUGGGUAAAGAGCAGCACACUGAUUGGUCCAGACAAAUACUUCUUCUUCUUCUUCCUGUUGUUAACAUUAUGCAUUACGCAAAUGUGUUAAUAGGCUACAGCAUGAAUUUAAACAAUGAUGUAAAUAGUAGCAUGUUCUAAAGAGGAACCAUAAUUAUACUGUGUAUGUGUGUUUGUGUUCUGUGUCAUUUUUAUAAUAAAACAGAGUUUUAAACAACAAACACAAUGCACUGACUGCAAAGUGUAUGUAUUUUUUGCUGAAUGUAUAUCUGAAUAAUCCAUGUUAAGGUUCUUGGGCUCCUUUAAUGCCUGGAAUUAAAGCAGAGUUGCUCUGUGUGUCAUGUGUGGAAACUCACUUCAUUUGCCAUGAUACCUCAUGACUGACAAAUCAGUUUCUGUCACCAUGUGUAUGCGUCCUCUCUGCUAAAUCCAGUGUUGCAGUAUGCCUGGGCUACAAGUCAUUUAAAUGUUCUUCAUUUCUGCUUGCACUUACACAGUAUAUGCUGGUUGAUAACCAGAAAACUGUUUAUAUUCCAAAAAAGGAGAAUAUUUGCCAUCUCCCUGAUUUUCUAUAUCAGUUUACACUAUUUCCUUCAUUUACUUCUGCCAGAUAGGUGUCGAGGCUAAGUUAAUUAAAUGUAAUGGACUUGUAAUACCUUUUUUUUUCUCUCGUGUACUUCAUUAAAUUGUCCAUAUUCAUCUUAUUGCUGCUCAAAUAAACCUGCUCUCACAUGUCUAAUCAUGC